GAGAGGAGGAGAGAAGGAGGAGACGGACCUGCUCCUCUGGGACUCGGCUAUACAGCUUUACCGCUAGGUGCUAUAUCACAAAACUCGGCUCACAAAACAAAACGCUCUUCAGCUGUAAAAUGCGCAAUUAUUACGCACCGAGCAGCGCCUCGUAGCUGUCGCCGAGCAUCCGCGAGGAGGAUCUCCACGGUUACGGUGUAUAGGAACUAUAACUGAACAGUGAGAGAGGAGAGAAAAAGGAUUCAUGGAGAUUGUGUUCGGCUUCAUCGAGCAAAGCGCCUGGAUUAUCUGAUUUGGGAACCGUUUGAAGACGAAAACGGUGUUUCUCUGUUGUGUCCUAUAUACUCGAGCCCACGACGUGUUUUUGUUUUUAGCUGGGACUGUACAGUUUUCGGAGCUCCGGUCAUGGCGGACCAAGAGGAGACUUUUGCCCAACAAAACUCUCCCGGUGGCUCGGAUUCAAGGGAAUUACAGAGUGAUAAUAAAUCAGAGAAACAGAACGGGACCUCGAGCAAAUCCCCAUCAUCGCAGACAACUUACAUUCAGCAGGGAAUGGAGGGAAUAAAAGUCUACCUGCACGAGAGGGAACUCUGGACGAAGUUUGACGAGGUGGGGACGGAGAUGAUCAUCACCAAAGCCGGAAGGCGAAUGUUUCCCAGCUUCAAAGUGAAGGUCACAGGAUUAAACCCCAAAACUAAAUAUAUUCUCCUGAUGGAUGUUGUUCCUGCGGACGACCAUCGAUACAAAUUCGCCGACAACAAAUGGUCUGUGACCGGGAAGGCAGAGCCAGCCAUGCCCGGCAGGCUCUACGUCCACCCGGACUCUCCGGCCACCGGAGCGCACUGGAUGAGACAGCUCGUCUCCUUCCAGAAGCUCAAACUGACCAACAACCACCUGGACCCGUUCGGACACAUCAUCCUAAAUUCGAUGCACAAGUACCAGCCGAGGAUCCACAUAGUGAAGGCCGAUGAAAAUAACGGCUUUGGCUCCAAAAACACGGCCUUCUGCACUCACGUCUUCCCAGAGACAGCCUUCAUUGCGGUCACGUCCUAUCAGAACCACAAGAUAACACAGCUGAAGAUUGAGAACAAUCCGUUUGCAAAAGGCUUUCGUGGAAGUGAUGACAUGGAGCUACAUCGGAUGUCCAGAAUGCAAAGUACCAAGGAGUAUCCAGUAGUGCCUCGCAGUACGGUGCGCCAGAGAGUGGGCUCCAGCCAGAGCCCGUUCAGCGGGGAGGUGCAGGGCAUGGCCACCCCGAGCGCCCUGAGCUCCCAGUACUCCCAGUGUGAGAACGGGGUCACGAGCACCUCACAGGACAUGCUGCCUCAGUCGGGCUCCUACCCGGUGCCACAUGAGCACGGCCAGGAGUACCACUGCAUCAAGAGGAAAGUGGAGGAUGACAACCACUCAGGUGAGCACAGCUAUAAGAAGGCCUAUCUGGAGAGCUCGUCCAGUGAGGAGGACCAUUACUACCGUCCUGUUGGCUACGCUCAGAGCCUCGGCCUGGCCGGCGGGCCCUACCGCAGUGAGUCCAGUCAGCGGCAGGCCUGUAUGUACGCCAGCGCCUCGCAGGGUGCCGAGCCAGUUCCCAGUUUGGAGGACAUCAGCUGCAACACUUGGGCCAGCGUUUCACCCUAUGGGAGUUGCUCCGUCACCACCAUGCAGCCAAUGGACCGGCUGCCCUACCAGCACUUCUCCGCUCACUUCACCUCAGGAUCUCUGGUGUCCAGACUUGGCGGGGUCGGGGGCCACGCCUCUCCGCAGCUGGGUGAUGGCCACCACGCUGCCAUGUACCAGAGCUCCAUGACCCACCAGACUCUGGGCCGCCAGUGCAGUCCUGGGGCCGGGAUCCAGUCGCCAGCAGCCGGCCUACAGGGAAACGAGUACCUCUAUACUCACGGCAUACCACGUACGCUAUCGCCACACCAGUACCACACUGUACAUAGUGUCAGCAUCAUGCCAGAGUGGAAUGAGAACAGCUAAAAGAGCACUCAACAGUUAAAAAAUAAUAAAAGGAAAAAACAAAAAAGGACCAAAAGAAGGCAGGGUUUAGAUUUUAUAUUUAUAUUUUUAGAGGAUGUGUUGCUGAUCAUCUUAAUGAGAUCAGUUGGUUCACUGACAGCAGUGGAUAUUGGUAAGAUGGUGUUGAAGUAGGAAAGCAAGCAUCUUAUCACUUAACUUGUUGUGACAGCAUCUGCACUUAUAAUAAAAUAACAUAAACAUGAACAAAGAGGAGCUGAACCUGAACAUACACAGAGACUGCUCAAGUGCAGAGAAAGUGAACACAGUGGAAAUUCAGACACUGAACAGAAGAAGAAAAAAUGCUUCAGAUGCUUCGCCAGCAGUGCCCAAGUUGAUGGUGUUCUUGCGCGGUGGCGUUUUUUGGAUGUCAAAGUACAAAAUUCUUGUUUUGUAUUCAUGUCCAGAAUUUGUGU